GUACCACUUGAAUUUGAUGAAGGCAGACAGCAAAAAAGAUUCACUUUGGUUGAUAGAAUAUUUCAUUCAAUAUUUUCAAAUAUCAUUUACUUCUUACACCAUUAUAGCUAUACACCAUUUAUACACAUGUCAUUAAAAUAUAACAAAAUGUAUUGCUUUCGUGUAAUUUACGCAUAGAUUAUAAAUCUGCAUGAUAAGUAGCAGAAAUAGUUCUAAAAUGAUAUUGAGUCUAUCUUGGUGGAUGCAGUCCGUUGAUUGUUCAUUCGAUAAAAGUCUUCAAUAAAUUGCUUAUUUUCCACAGCAUGUAGGUGCACAUGAUGGCAUGCACAUUGGUGGGGGUGGUGGUGGUGGUGGUGGGGCCAUGCAACAUGGUGCUGGGCAUGGAGCUGGACAAGGCAAUGCACGUGCACUUGCUUGCCAUUGGACACAGAUUGGUGGGCAUGGUGGAGGUGCUGGGGCUGGCAUGCCUGGGGGUCCAGCUGGUCCCAUUGGUCCCAUGGGUCCCAUUGCUCCUGGGCAUCCUGGAGGUCCAAUUGGGCCUGGGAGACCACAACAUCCAGGAAUUCCUGGUGGUCCAGGUGGUCCUGGGGGGCCUGGUGGUCCUGGAACUGGUGGGGGUGGGCAUGGCAUUGGGCAUGGUGGUGGGGGUGGUGGGCAUGGCAUCAUAACUGGUGGGGGAGGUGCAGCACAGCACAUAGGAGCACAUGCUGGGGCACAUGAUGGUGCACAGGCAGCUCCACAGAAGAAUCUCUUGGCGCCUACAAAGAAAUAAAAGUUUUCUUAGUCU